AUGGCGACUCUCAUCGACGGAAAAAAUAUCUCCAAGCAGGUCCUCAACGAUGUGGCAGAAGAGCUCCAGAAGGUCAAACAGUCCCAUCCAGAGUUCACGCCAGGAUUAGCGAUAGUUCAAGUAAGUACGGUUGAGAUUUGGCCAAGUUUUGUCUUUUCAAUUCAAAUCACAGUUUUUAAGUCAAAAAUAUAAUAAUUUACAAAUUUUGAAUGUUUAGGUAGGAGACAGAAGCGAUUCCAACGUGUACAUCAAGAACAAGAUUGCCAGGUCAGCUGAGGUGGGUGUAUCUGCUAACCUGAUUAAACUCGACCGGUCGAUCACUCAAGAACAGUUGGAAGCCAAGAUCAGAGAAUUAAACGAAGAUAACUCUGUAGAUGGCAUUAUUGUUCAGGUAAGGUAAUAUAGCAAUAAAUACCUCUUUUAUAGCUACCUUUAGACACAGACAAUGACAUUGAUGCUGAUCAUGUCAUCGACUUAAUCGACGAACAAAAGGAUGUGGACGGUCUAACGCGUGAGAACGCUGGUCGGUUAAUGAGAGGCGAACUAGACAGAACCAUCUUCCCAUGUACCCCAUAUGGAUGUCUCUACCUCGUACAGAAAGCUACAGGUGACCCAAACUUUGUAGCCGGAAAGAGAGUGGUCGUGAUCGGUCGAUCGAAGAUUGUCGGAUCUCCAGCUGCUGCCUUAUUUAUGUGGCACAACGCUACUACAACGAUAUGUCACUCGAAGACCCAGGAUCUUCCAGAAAUAUGUCGCCAAGCCGACAUCUUGAUCGUAGCCAUCGGGAAGGCCAACUUCGUCAAGAAGGACUGGAUCAAGCCUGGAGCAGUUGUGAUAGAUUGUGGAAUCAAUGUGGAGUCAUUGCCUGAGGGAAAGAGACGUCUUCUGGGUGACGUAGACUUCAACGAGGCCAAAGAGGUGGCCAAGUACAUUACCCCAGUGCCCGGAGGCGUGGGGCCGAUGACUGUAGCCAUGCUUGUACGUAACACCUUCCAGCAGGGAGUCAAAAGGAGAAUCCAGAAGGACUAA